AUGGUGCUCCAACCGUCUACUCCCUCGACUUUGCCACAAUUCAUUUCAUCUCCAAAGCACAAUAGAACAAUGAAACAGGAAGCUCAUCGGGAGCUCAUCGACGUCAAUAUACGGACUUUGGGGACAUUGCGAAGGCAUUUUACUACCUCCAAAGGGGAGAAACGUCGGUCCUUUGCGCAAUACGCCGAUAUUUGGGUCGCGAAUAAGUUAUACGAACCCGAGGAGAAGGACCUAAUAGUUCUUCAAAGAAUCCUGAGCACCGCAGAGACGACUCUAAAAACUCAGGAUAUUUCUCUCCGAAGAAUCUGGGAAGAGGUCAAGGGAGCUAGAAUUCGAAUAUCUGCCUCAUGUUGCUUCAUCAGCAGGCUUCCAAACGAGCUCCUGCGGAACAUACUGCGUAGAGCGAGCAAAUAUCGCGGUAGAAUUUGCAACAGUGCAGACAAGGAGGUCAACUAUGAUCCGUAUCUUUCGAUUCAGCUCAGUCAUGUCUGCCGCCCCCCUGGAUCUCACCAAAGUGCACGGCGAAGGGAUUUCUGGGAAACCAUUCGCCCAUACAUACAAAAUGCACCAGUCAAUAUCUCGAUCUACGACAGCGCCAUUUGCGAUGACUUGGCGAAUCACAAAGGAAAGCUCUGGGAGAACGGCAAGGAAUGGGAAGAUUAUGAAGAUGUUGGCUAUGUAUGCGAUGCCAUUGAACAAAUGCACUUGUACCCGCUGCAAGACCUGAGCGUAAUCGACAGCAUAGACAUAAAGCUCGAGUACGAGGGCAACAUCCAAAGAUUAUUGGAACCAGAGGAGAUCACCACACUUUGCUGCCCGAAAUCUGGCUUCGAGUGGAAUGAGAUGCAGAUCUUGGUUCACUCCAAACUCAAGAAACUGGAGUUGGAUAGGACUAAAUACUCAAAAACCUGCGACUGGCUAGAAUACCUGCAUUGCCCAUCGUUGAACGAGUUAACAGCCCCCGGAUGGCCAGAAAAGGAUCAAUUCAUCGACUCCAUCGUUCGUUCGUCUCACCUCGAAAAAAUCGCAUUGUCCGGUUGUGAUCACAAGCAGCUCCUGCAGCUUGCGCAGCGCCUCCCGCAGAGCAACAACUUGACCAUCUCGUCUAAUGCACUCAGCCUGCUCCACAGUUCGAGACCGUAUGGCCUCUCAAAGGCACCAUUUCCUAUGCUCGCAAGUUUGAGUGUUGACGAGUAUGAUGGUGAGCAGCACUCACUCCUUCCUCUCAUUCGACAACGAUACCUCUCGCCUCGUUUUUCUUCUUCACAGGAAAUUAGUGCCCUGGUUGGAACAAUCUCAGUUGGGAUCGUUGGAGGACGGGACAUUGUCGAGUCACCACUCAGGGGCUCUGAGAUUGCCGAAUCGAUCGAGUUCUGGUGGGAGAACGACAGGAGAUCAUAA